AGGUUGAGCUGUUUACAGUUUGGGUUUAAAGAGCAGCAAAUGGGGGCCCGUCCCUACAAUGAAGGAAUAGGGAGGGCAGACAGCAGACAGGGACUAAAAGAGGGAGAGAGCGGGAGUGUUACAGUGAGGGUACACAUGUAGUCUGCAUGGGGCAGGCUUGAUGGAACUACACAGUGGAACUUAGUAAUUUUUCACUGUCAUUUGCCACAGCUGCUACACUGCAGCUCAUGUCUGCCUGAGGAAAGCUCAGCUGAACUGCAGAAGAAAAAGGAGCACAUUGUUCAACACUCAUUUGAUGCAUCAGUAAAAGGCUUUAAUGUGUCUUGGAUCGUCUAGUCCUGGAUGCCUCUGGAGAUACUUUUGAACAGAACUUUCUUGUGCGUCAUGGUUCAGCAAAAACACUCUAUAACCAUGGACAGAGAUUCAACCCAAGAGAUAUUUGUGGGACUGGGUGCCGAGGAUGCACAUGAGGUAUUUAGGCACAGCCCAUCCAACAAAGACCCCAACUGGUGCAGAACUCCUACUGGGCACAUCAAGAGACCCAUGAAUGCAUUCAUGGUCUGGUCUCAAGUUGAGAGACGGAAGAUCAUGGAGCAAUGGCCUGACAUGCACAAUGCAGAGAUCUCAAAGCACCUUGGAAAAUGUUGGAAACUCCUCUCAGAUUAUGACAAGAUACCCUUCAUCAAGGAGGCAGGAAGGCUGCGUCUAAAACACAUGGCUGACUACCCUGACUAUAAGUAUCGUCCCAGGAAAAAAAUCAAGUGCUCAAUGCCUGCCAAAGAAAAACUCCCACUGAAAGUAAGCAAAUCUUAUUCACAUCAAUCAGCCAGCUUCACCAGUAAAGAGUUUAAAGUUAAACCAAUUGCCUCCAAACAAAACCUGAUUUGUAAUGGCAAUAAAUAUAAGAACUAUAAUGAGAGCAUGCAUGAUGUUGACAUAGUGGAUGUAAACCUGGCAAGUUCAUUAACUGUGCAAGAUGAUCAGACCCAGACAACUCUUGUUCUCCAACAUCAGCCUACUAUCAUUCUCCCCAAGAACCAGCACCCUAGACCAUCUCAACUCAGAGUCAAAGUGCCCAGCAUCCUCCAGAGUUCUGCCUCUGACACUGGCUCUAAGGUACUCAGAAAAGUUGUGGUGUCGGAGUUGCAAGGACCUAACUCCACAAGAUCCUCCACACCAACCUCCACAAGCUCCUCCUCUUUUGUGUCAUCUGUUUCUUCAGAUGAGGAACUGGAGGAGGAAACCUUGCAUAUCAUGUCUAAUACAAACUUUGAAAACAAACCUAUGGACUGCUCCAAUCUGGACAAGGACUUUGAAGCAUUUCAUGCCAACUCAGGAUCCCACUUUGACUUUCCAGACUACUGCACUCCAGAGGUGAAUGAGAUGAUUUCUGGGGACUUAUUAGUACCAAGCAUCUCUGACCUGGUGUUUACCUACUGAGUUUGAGGCCAAGUUAACCAUUGCUGCCAGACAUAUUUGCCAGUGAGAAAAAUAGUGGUCUUGAACAUGUUAAAUCUAAGUCUCUGACAUUGGACAGUUCUUUUUCCAUUAUUUUAUAUCUUUAUUGAUUCUUGCAUUUCGUGCUUUUGUUUUUGUUUUUCAAGCAUGACACAUCUUAUUGGCUUAGGAAAAACCAGCAAAGGGGUCUGUAGAGCCCUUAAGUAUUCUGGUACUUGAGGCUCAGUUUCAGAGAAAAGGCAGACAUUCGUUACAGAUAGCAUCAUGGCAGGUUGAGAAAAGUUCAAAAACAGCAAAUGAUUUAAAGUUUCUUUGUGACAGGGGACAAAGUAUUAACAUCAAGUCUGAAGUGUUGUCUGUUUGUCAGUACAACAUAGUACAACAUUUUAAUGUCCCUGAUCUGCAGAAUUGCAGCAUCAGUGCCAGCCUUUAAAAGGGGUGUUUAUAAAAUACAAAGUACUCAUAAUUUUAUGACUGAUCAUAAGAGCAUUACUAUUCUACCCAAACAAGAUAUUUUGUGGAUAGGAAGCUAUGUUAAGUGAUAAUCAUCUGAUGUGAAGCAAAUCUACAGAUCUACAGAUUUGCUUCACACCAGAUGAUUAUCACUUAACAUAGCACUUGAUAAGCAUACAACAACUUGGAGAAACCUGCAAGGCAGAAAUCACUGCAUAAAAAUACAGGUGCUUGUCACAACAUUGAUUUCCUUUUCUUUAAUUAAGUAGCAGAACUUUCAGUGCCUCACUAAUGUUGCAACACCUUUGCAAUGCAGGUGUGAUUUAAAUGGUGCCCCUGUACUGUCCAUUCAUGUCAUUGUGUUCCUGGUCAGGCUGAGAAUGAAAGGCACGUAGAGGAAUUUGAGGAUAGGGAUAGUGGGGCUGGGGACUUUUCUUUCUGGAAGCUGUGCAAGUGGCCAUGCAGGCAACAGUUAUUAUGCAGAACAUCAGGGAGGGGAAGUAAGUAGGUUUUAUUAAUGGUGGGGAGGGGAUCUAGCCCGAGUCUGUAAAUGCAUGUGAUUUCUGCAGUGUGGCUACAGCUGCCUUGAUCAGGGUUAUAAAUCUGUGUCUGCCAGCUGGCCCCAUUAACUCUUUCGUGGAUCAUUUGUGUAGGUACUAGUGCAUCCUUUAGGUAAUUCAUCUGUGAUGAUCCUUGUCUGUGAUUGUACAAGACCGUGAGUUUUUCUCUUUUGUCUGCUGUUCCUGCACAAAGGAGUUGGCUAGGGUGACUGAGUACUCUGGUUUCUUGCUGUUUUCAAAUGAGACUUUUUUUUCUGAAAAAAACACCCGUGCUUUUAUUAAUUUCAGCUUGAAUUUAAUUUUCCUAUCACCAUCAGCACAGACAGGUUUGGUCUUACAUAGAUAAUGCGGUUCAA